CCGCGUCACACGGAACCCCUUUCCCCCCCGCCGCCCCACCCCCGUCCCAGCCUCCUCUGCUCCCUCCGCCCGCACCGCUGCUCGCCGCCACCACUGCUACUCUCUCACUCCUUUUGCACCUCAGCGAUCCUCGGCAUCCUGCGGACCUGCCCGGCGCUUCUUUUGCUGUGGCGCAGCGUCGUAUUUUCUUAUGGCUACCAAGGCAGGAUUUGACAACCUGCACAACAAGGUUCGGAGAUGUGUGGUUAGAAUUCUUAGUAUUGAAAAAAGCCAAACGGUCGCAAUUACUCCUGGCACAAUUGUUUCAAUGGGAGCCAACUUCUGCUAUGUAAUAGCACACUCAAGUACGUUCCGGAGGGACUCUAACGCUUAUUAUGAAGUUGUGUUCCCAGACACCAACAGAACAACAGUGGGGCUUGACAUAUCCAGUGUAGCUACCUGCAAUGACAUUGCUGCGUUCUUUAUUUUUAAUGCUCCAUUUUAUAUCAGUAUGGUAUAUCCAGUUCAAUUCUGUGAACAUGAGGCUUCAAAGCAUCAAGUUGUUUACACUCUUGGAUUUGAUCAAGAUAUAAACUAUCCAAGUUACUUAUCUGAUGGCUCUGUGAAUUUUGUAGGCACGACACAGUUUAUUCAUGAUUGCUGUCCUGAUUAUUUCACUGUAUUUGGGUCACCUGUUUUCGAUGCCGACGGUUAUCUGGUUGGUUUAUGUUCUAGAGAUCGAGGUGUCUUGAUCACUUAUAAUCUGGAAUCAAUUGCAGAACUUAUUUCGAUUAUAAAUAAAAGAGAAAAACAGUCCAUUGGGGACUUAUUGGAAUAUAUAGAAGGCCAAGGUCAAGCUGGCUCACAGGUCCACUGGUUCUAGUGGUAAUCAUAUCAGUGUUGUUACCUGCUGGUGACUGAUGAUUUACAAGUUCUUGAAGGUGGAGGACCAAUACAGGAUGGAAACUUUGGUACCAAGUCUUCGGCCAACAUAAGCUCCAAUUCCAAGAUGGGUGUUUAGAGGAAACGGUGAACUUUCUUGUACUAGUUUGUUUGGACUUGCUGCUGGCCUUUUGAGUUGAAUGUUGCAACAUGUUGGAGUUUUGUGCUACUCUUGUUUUCAAUUCGAUCUUGGUGGGUUUGCUGGUGGUACUAGCAGAUGCUGUUUAGUUUGUUCUGUCUUUUGCACUGCAGUGGUUAACUGGUGCUCCCAGCCUAUCUUUGUACUUCUGUUAGCAUCUUUAGGGGCAUUUUUACAAGGAAAAAUCCAUGCUGCUGAGGGUAGCUUUGUUUAUGAAGUUGGAUCACUUCUGUU